AGUUACCUUGCAGAAUGAGGGGCAAAGAUUACAGAGAAUACAAAGGGCCCAAAAAAGUUCCUGUUGCAGAGUGAUCAGACAAUAGUUGGUCUUCAUUCCCUGCACGCUGGGAGCCUUCCCUGAAUUGGGGGACAAAGUUCCUUAACUAGCCUUCCCCCCCAUACUGGAACACUUUUUAAUCAUUACACUGGUUCCGCAGACGUGACCCGGGGCGCAAGGCCAUCCUACCCUAACUAACAAUAACGGGCGAGGGCAGGGUUCAGACCCUGAGCCACCAUAGCCCAGUGCCUAAGCAUGGCGCCCAGCAGAGCUCAAGCUCAAUGAACGUUUGUUGAAUGAACAGAACCGGUCCUCCCCUCGGUUUCUUGCAGCAUCAGCGAGUGAGGAAGCAGAUUGAAAAGCCCGCCCCCGCAGACUCCCCACCCCCACCUGGGUCCCAAAGCCUCCAGUAGCCUGCUUUCUCUAAAGUCUCUCCUUCUCCAGCCCGCUUCCCCCACCCCGGUUGCCUUGGAAACAGUGACGUGUGCAUGCGGGGCGUGAGCCCUCUCCAUCCUCUCCUGGAGCCCCUGGCCCCUGCCUACUCAGACCCCGGCAGAGGAUGAGAUUGGGGGUCCUCGACCCUACCGCCCGUCUCCCGUCCCGGUGCUAGCCACGCCCACAGGGCCGCCCCCCGCGGGCGCGUAGCUCGCUCCAGUGCGGGCGCCCCACCCCCAGCCCGCCCGGCGCCGGUGAACUGGCGGGGGUCUGGAGAAUGCCGUCUUCGGCCUCUGGGAUCCCUUCCCACUCCUUCACCCCUGGCGGGCCAAUGGAUCCCGAGAAUGCGGGCCGGCCCGCCCCUUCCCGGGCAGCCCUCGAGCGCGCUCCGCGUCCGGGGGGGUAGGCGGGAAGGGUGGGAGCCCCCGGGGCGCCCGAGCGCCGCGGAGCGCGGGAGAGCAGGGGUUAAACAAGGUGCCGGCGCCGGGCGCGGCGGGAGUGGGGGAAGGGAGCGAAGGGAAAGUGAGAGCGGGGGCGGCGGGGGGGGGGGGGGGACGGGAGCGAAAGAACAUCCUGUGCCCGUCGCCGGAUGCGCGCCUGGGGAGGAGGUAGUCCGGGGAGGGGGGAAGCUAAGCGGGGAGGCCCGGGGCGGGGAAAGGCUCGGCCUCCGCCCCCCACCCGGCCCUCCUCCUCUGGGGGCGCCAAUCUCAGUGCUUUCGCCGCGUUUCUUCUUGUCCCCCGGCUUCCGCUGGAGUAACGAGCUACAGAGAGGCCCCCGAAUCUGGUUCCUGGGCCUGGAUGUUGCAGAUGCCGAGAGAGCUGCCCUCAAGAGCUUUUGGCCAGACAGGUAAUUACUACCCACUACAGGGGGAACUACAGUUGCUGGAAGGUGAGUUUGCCUCAAGACCGCGAAACUUUACAAAGUGCUCCC